CCCCUUCUUCCUCCUCCUCCCCUCCCACCCCCCCCAUCUCUUCGCCAUCUCCGGAAACCAAAACCAAACUACCUGAAAAGUCUUCGCGAUGGACGCGGCCGAGCGGCGGAGGAGCAGCGUCUCUUCCUCGCCGGAGUUCGAGUUCUGGCCCGUCCACGCCAACCCCGCCGCGUCCCCAUCCUGCGCCGACGAGCUCUUCGCCGACGGCCUCAUCCUCCCUCUCCCGGUCCUCCCCCACAAGAUCGCCCGGCGGCAUGAUGAGGACAACUGCUGCGCCGCCCCGGAGGAUCCGGAUCGGGCGGAGGCGGCGUGCCCCGGGGCGUCCACCGUGGGUGCCGUACUACUGUCCGCCGCCAUCACAUCACCCGCGGCGCCACCCGGUGGCUCCAAGCGGUGGACGGACAUGUUCGCCAGGAAGCCCGCGGAGGACAAGGCGGAGAAGCGCAAGGACGGCGCCGCCCCACGGAAACCUCCCGCGCCGACUGGAGGCUCGGAGCUGAACAUAAACAUCUGGCCCUUCUCCAGGAGCCGCUCUGCCGGUGGGGGCGGGUCAUCGAAUUCCAAGCCUCGCGCUGCGCCGCGCAAGAUCAGCAGCGCGCCGUGCUCGCGCAGCAACUCGCGCGGAGACACAGUGGGCCGCGAGUCCGGGCCGUCGAUACAGCAUCCUCGCCGGUGGGCCGCGAGCCCGGGCCGCGCUGGCGGCGGCGUCCCGGUCGGAAGGUCCAGCCCGGUCUGGCAGAUCAAGCGCACAGCGCCGCCGAAGCCCUUCGCGGCAGAUCAACCCGCUGACAGACGGGCCCACCAGAAGGACAAGGGCAAGAAGACCAGCGUCGGUGGAGGCGGCGGCAUGCGGGGCAUCAACCUCAGCGUGAACUCCUGCAUCGGGUACCGGCACCAGGUGAGCUGCCGCCGGGCAGACGCAGGCGUCACAGGCGGCCGGAGCACCGGCGACGGCGGGCUGUUCGGCAUCAAGGGGUUCUUCUCCAAGAAGGUGCAUUGAGCGUGCCUUCCGCUAUCUUGGGCUCUCGUGACACAUGUAACUUUUUAUCUUCUUUUUUUACUACUGGUGCUUUUUUUAACCUUUUGGGUGGUGAAAUGGAUGGACGAUAGUAUGGUGUGCUUGUGAUGGUGUAAUUAGCCACUAAUAACUGGUUUUUGUAAAGGUUGAGUUGUGGUGAUUAUUGUGUAUACUAGUAUAGUUUAGCAAUAUGGUUAUAAAAUAUAAUCCGCGGUGUGUUAGUUUA